AUGCUCAUCCCUAUCAACCUCCCAGCAUCUGUUCCCUCAAGAUACCCACAUUUACCUCCUUCUCUACUCGAGUUCGGCAAUGAGGUUGUCAUCAUUGAGCUGCAGGGCGAGCUGGUCACUGGGGGAAACUCGGACGGCCAGGUGGUCGGUACUCUUGUGAUCCACUCCGAAACCAAAAAACCAAUGCUUAGGAUUGGGCAUCAUCUCCUUGAGGGCAGUAUACAGAAGCUUCCAAAGGCAUAUGCUGUCCUCGCUCGACCCUCAUCAAAUGACGAGAUCGUUCUCCCAAAGCGCCGAAAACUUCGACUGUCUCCUGACUCGGUCCACGAGGACGAAGAUGUUGAAGGGGAUGCGCAGGGGCCCGAUGACUCGAGCAUCGCUGAAGAUUUUCCGGAGGAUACUGGGGAAGAUACCAACACGGCCUACGACAUGAUUGCAAUUGUCAAGAAAAAACUUGUAUUUUCCAAGCGACCUGUGCCUAUCGUCCCUUCAACUACGAAUUUUGAAACUAAUGUACCUGCCUGA